AUGGACUGGAGAACAACCGUUGAACAAGCUGUCAAAGCUGGCUUUAAGACCACUCUUACUAGGCCAAGCAGAACGGCUUCACGUUGGGUUCCCAUGACUACGAUGUGCAGCGAAUCACUAGUGAAGAAGAAGUCGGCCUUUUGCGAGAUCAGCUGGACAAGUAUUGGCACGUUGUGGUCAUUGAACCCAACGGCCAAUGAACUCCGUACUAUUAAUUUCACCUAA